AAUGCCACGCUCCUUUUUGGUCAAGAAGCAUUUCAACUCUUCCAAAAAGCCCAAUUACAGUGAGCUGGAUACUCACGCAGUGAUAAUUUCCCCAUACCUUUAUGAGAGCUACCCAAUGCCUGUAAUUCCACAACCAGAAGUCCUGAGUUCAGUCGCUUACAACCCCAUCACUGUAUGGACUACAACUGGGCUGCUGCCUUCCCCCUUACCCAGCGACCUCUCACCUCUCUCUGGAUACCCUUCGUCGUUGGGAAGAGUCAGCCCACCUCCUCACUCUGACACUUCAUCCAAGGAUCACAGUGGCUCCGAGAGUCCCAUUAGUGACGAAGAAGAGAGGAUCCAGUCCAAGCUCUCGGAUCCCCAUGCCAUCGAGGCUGAAAAAUUCCAGUGUGGUUUAUGCAACAAGACCUAUUCGACCUUCUCUGGACUGGCCAAGCAUAAGCAGUUGCACUGUGAUGCCCAGUCUAGGAAGUCUUUCAGCUGUAAGUACUGUGACAAGGAAUAUGUGAGCCUGGGAGCUCUUAAGAUGCACAUCAGGACCCACACGCUACCUUGUGUUUGCAAGAUCUGUGGCAAGGCCUUCUCCAGACCCUGGUUACUUCAAGGACACAUCAGAACUCACACUGGAGAGAAGCCCUUUUCAUGCCCUCAUUGCAACAGAGCAUUUGCAGACCGCUCUAACUUGAGAGCCCAUCUGCAGACCCAUUCAGAUGUGAAGAAAUACCAGUGCAAAAAUUGUUCCAAAACUUUCUCCCGCAUGUCUCUUCUGCACAAGCACGAGGAAUCUGGCUGCUGUGUAGCACACUGAGUGUACCUGGCUCCAUGCAGUCCAUUGCUC